AUGGCAGGGAACAGGUGCGGGGCGUGCGGGCAGGAGCUGGAGUCAGACAACCUACUGAGAAUCCAUCUGUAUCGCAAUGACACGUGCAGGGACACGCUGCUCGAGAGGCUCGAGAGUAGGGCGGUGGAGGCGUUGGCGGAGGCUUUGGCCGAGGUGAGAAAUAGCCCGCAUCAUUCGGACAGUGAGUCAGUCCCGGGCAGCCCCCACUCCGCCGACUCGCUGUUCAGAUAUUUGAGAGAGUUUCCCGAGCACGCGGAUUUUGUGCGCGGGUACGUGUCGACGUCGGACGAUGGAUCUGUAUCCACAGUUGGCGACCUGUUCAACACCCUGAACGAGCUGUACCUGUUCUUUAAGGACGCUGAUUUGUCGGACAGAGAAAUAAAUAGAGUGUUGCACAUAUUCAACCACCCGGGAUACGAUCCUGCAGCGGUUCGGCGCUGGCAGAACGUCGCCGACGUGAGGCGGUUUGGGGAGGAACACGCGCCGGACGACAUGAUGCCGUGGCUCAAGGCAGAGAUUGAGGUGCGGGGCCCCGGAGGAAGGUCUCAGAUGCUAGAACUGCUGUACAAGGACACCAAGCUGGCGGAACUGCCGGAGGAGGAUUCUAUGGUGCUGGGUGUCAUCUCGUACAGCGACAGCACUUACGCGUCGGGGAACGGACGUCUACAGGCAUGGCCAAUGUUGAUGGGUUUGGUCAAUGUCCCGGAGGAGUUACGGUGGCGUGAGCCUGGGCACGCGCUAGUGGGUGUGCUCCCUUUUCCGCCGGAGUGGGCAUCGGCGACGGAGAAGACGCGGGUGUAUCAGGAGGCGUAUCGCAUCGUGAUGGGUCCGCUCAUGCCACCAUCCAACGUGCAGAGCGUCCUGGAGCGCUGGAACUUCUCUGAGACGAAGUGGGGUAACGUCUUCCUGGCGGUUGUUGGCGACAUAUUGCAUGUGCUGGAUUCCGGGGUGCUGGUGCAUAUGGCCACCUGUUUCAUGGAGGGGAAGACGAAGGCCGAGAUUCGGGGGUUUGAUCACCGCAAGUUUGGCGUGAAGGGCGAGACAAGGAGUGUCUUGGUGCGCAUCCCGGGUGGCUCCACCUUUUUCCGCAGCGGGGCGAAUUACGCGGCGUUUGAGUAUCGUGGCAUGAUGCAGGUUUUCCCUAUUGUCAUUUCCGACCUGUGUGUGGGGCGCUCUGCGGAGGAAAGGGACCAGAGGGAUAAGGAGGUUCGUGCCUUCCGCUACUAUGCGGUCUUCUACAAGUCCCUGCUGGCUGGCACCGUGAAGGGCCCCGUGCGCGGAAGCAACUGGAAAGACAUACCAAGGAGGAUUGUCGAGGAGGAGACGCAACGCAAGAUCACUCGGGAGAUUGCAGCGCUGUCAGGAGGAGGGAGAACUUACUACACCGCCCUGCGAGAGGCUGUGCGCAGCAUGAAGCCCGCGCUGACCCGCACCAGCAAGGCCAUGUGUCUCAUGACGGCAGACGAUCCACUGCGGAUGCUGUACAGGGAGACGGUCGGCAGCGAGUUUGACAACAUGGUGCACACCGCAGUGGCCAUCCCUAGCACGAAAGGGGGGUACUUGGUUCCGAAGGCGAUGUUCGUGAAAGCAAGCCCGAAGGAGAACUGGUUCACCGACAUUGCAAUACCGGGAGAGAGGGAGGAGGAGGAGGAGGAGGAGGAGGAGUGGUGGUAUGCGCGGUGUCUCUGUAUUUUCAGGGCGGUGAACUACAGCGGGGAGGAAGGUGCAUAUGUAUUCGUGAAGUAUUACGAGGAAGAGGGGGUGUGUCCCCAGACACUUUGCCCCCAACUGGUGCCGGGGCGGAAGGAGGCCACGCACGGGAUCAUUGAAGUUGCAUCGAUCGAGCGCAUUGUCCACGUGUGCAAGUCCUUUACUAAUCCUAGAGUCAGGCUACUCAAUAGGUUUGCACUCAUCGACUGA